GGCUUCAACAUUUACAUUUUUCAGAUGACUGAGCCACAUGCUAAAGCACAUUUAACACUAAAAGACACAACAAGCACUUUGGUGGCCUUUGGCUUGGUCAAACUUUGUCCACUGCACAGUAAUGUAAGGUUUUCAAAGAGUGAUUUAUAGAAUAGCAGUUUUCUCAAUGAUGGGGUUCAAAUUGCAAAAAUGAGCGUGGCAUGGCCUUUAGUGUUUACUUGUGCCUUGUAUCAUAUUCAUAUGUUCUUGUUUUUCUACAAAAGAACGAACACUGCUUUGAACAAGUUUUAGAUCAAGCUGUGUCUGACAGCUGGAAAGGACGCUUGGGCUUACAUGGAGAAAGUAGUAAGAGGCGGGUCUGACAAACUGCGAUUUGACAGGAAAUAAGCUGUGCGACAGUGUAAACAGUCACUAUUAAUAACAAAUGACCUCAUUGUUUCAAGUCUGCAGCCUCUAUAACUCAAAAAGCACAAGCCAAAGCCUUAACGGGUCCUUGUUUAACAAACCCAACACAAAGCUCCAGACUAAACAUGGAGCUGACGUUGAAGUUUUUCAAGGACAGCGGGAGAAGAAUGCCAGGUCACGGGGUGUGUCGUGGAGCGUCGGGGUCCCUUGGCCCCUGAGCAGAUGGUCUGCAGGAAAUCCAUUGAGGAGAGCAGAGGAGGGAGGGUUCAGACUCUACGCCAUGGCUGCAGCUAAAAGGCUGACUUGUCUUGUAUACCCAAAAAGUCUCACAAUAGUCCAGUUCAAGUCACAGCAGAAGAUGUCUACAAAUCAAAGCAUUUACUGUGAGACAUGAGGUGUAGAGAGCUCACACAAAGGCACACCAAUUUGAGACGCUGAGGUAGGCAGAAUGGGAAACUCUGAGAGCCAGUACAGUAUCCAGGGCCUUAAAGCCACCAACUUUGGUUUCUCUGGAACACAGAAGCCGUACUCGCUAAAACUCGGCCCAGCCACAGACGACCCCCUGUCACCUCAUGAAUGGUGGAAAAGUGCACCAGUGAGCUAUGGGUAUAAAGCCAAAUGUGUCAGCCGAGGUUGUCUCUCCCCUCCAAAGACCCGACAGCCUUAUUCUGCCCGUCACAAUGACUGUGUCUCAAGGGGGGCGAGGUGUAGCCCAAAUGAACAUCGCUGGCAUCGGCCAACUGGAUGUGGUAUACGCAAGCGGCAUGUGUCGGAUGACUAUGAAGAUAAUCCAUAUGGAGCAGAGCUCAAUAGCUAUACUUUAAAUGGUCAGAGAGAUAAACAAGAGGUUUUAGAGAAACAGAGUAGCCCAAGAGUGGUGAUUAAGAAGGAUGGCAGCCUGAGAGUAGAAUUCACCAACACCUCAGGCAAUGAUUUCCUCCUGGAUGAAGUCUCUGGUCCUGUACAGCUACUCAAAUUCUCGUCUAAUUUGGAGUCCCCCUCUACACCUAGUUUGCCUGGUUCUGGCAGCAGCGAACCCGAUGGCGUGCACAGUGGUCCUCCACCAGCCUCUACCUCCUCUACUGCUAGAACCAGUAAAGGGAGCUCACUGAGCUCAGAUGGUUCCUGGUAUGAUUCUCCUUGGGGUGUCAGUGCAGAACUUUGUGAGCAGGACCAAUCUUGCUCUUCUAUCAGGACGCAAGUACAUUCUCCUAUUCACCAGCAUGACUCUUUCACCGAGCGGUCUUCUCCUCUGUCCAUUGCCGGCCUUUAUAAAGACCCCACAAUGUCUGCUACCUUCCCCAUAGCCAAAGACAUGUCCUCCCAUUUAGAGGCAGCUCCAAUUGGCCAACAGCUACAUGGAGCAUCCCUUGCUUCAGUCUUGGAUGUUCCCUUGGAAGAAGAAUGCCUUGAGCCCCCCCAAUAUUCAUCAUACACCUUGCCCUGUCGAAGACCUAAAGCUCACACUAUGUGUGAGGGCCCCAACCAUGAACAGCAUCGUGAGCGGGCCGGAUCAGAAUUUGGCUUCAACAAGAAAGCUUCUUUAAAAAAACACAUCAGACGUUUCAGUGACUGGACUGGCAGCCUCAGCCGUAAGAAGAGGAAGACUCAGGAAACCAGGUACAAGGAUCAGAGCGAUGUCUUUGACAGCGGUGUUGAUGGCCUGACUACAGACACCAACUCUCCGUCACAGGCGUCAAGUCUCUUGUGGUUCCCAGGUGCGCCAAGGACCCAAUCAUCAGGGGCUAUUCACCAAUCAACCAACGAUGGACUCCGCCAGAACAUUUAUGAGAACUUUAUGAGGGAGCUGGAGAUGGGUAGUGGACAUGGAGGAAGCGAGAAAAAAGAACCUUCCACAGGCGAAGAUGAAGGAGAGAGCAGCAGUGAGUCAGUUGAGGGAUCGCUUGAGCAGCUGGACCUGUUGUUUGAAAAGGAGCAAGGGGUGGUCAGACGGGCAGGUUGGCUUUCUUUCAAACCUUUAGUGACGCUGCAGAAGGACAGGAAACUGGAGCUGGUUACACGUCGCAAGUGGAAACAGUACUGGGUCACCUUGAAAGGAUGUACGUUAUUAUUCUAUGAGACGUACAAUAAAGAAUCAUCAGAGCAAGAGCUGUCCCCUCGCUACUCUUUACUCGCUGAGGACAGCAUCGUCCAGGCUGUGCCAGAGCAUCCAAAAAAGGAGAAUGUCUUCUGCCUCAGCAACUCAUAUGGAGAUAUCUACCUCUUUCAGGCCAGCAACCAGACCGACCUAGAGAACUGGGUGACAGCCAUCCACUCGGCCAGCGCCUCGCUGUUGGCCAAGCGCCAGGGAAAGGAGGAUACAGUGCGCCUGCUGCGGAGCCAGGUUCGCGGCCUGUUGCAGAAGAUUGACAUGGAUGGGAAAAUGAAGAAAAUGGCUGAGCUUCAGCUGACUGUUGUUAGUGAUCCCAAAAACCGCAAGGCCAUUGAAAACCAGAUCCAGCAGUGGGAGCAAAAUCUGGAGCGGUUCAACUUGGAUCUUUUUAGGAUGCGCUGUUACCUGGCCAGUCUUCAGGGUGGUGAGCUACCCAACCCGAAAAGCCUGUUAGCAAUCGCUAGCCGCCCUACCAAAACCAUCCUGGGCCGUCUCGGAAUCUUCUCUGUUUCAUCUUUUCACGCAUUGAUUUGUUCCAGGGAUGAAGCUACGCUGCGCAGGCGCUCCUUGACACGGACAUUCCGAAAGCACAAAAGAAGCCUUUUUUCAUCCCUCAAAGGCCUUGACACUUUGACAAAGAAGAACAAAAGGGUCUCUGUAUCACAGAUCUUUGAGAGCGACGCUGGAGGUCAAGCGCACGUUCCGCCUCCCAAGAACACAGAGAGAAUGAAUACGCUCACCAGGAUCCACUCCAUGUCGCCCCCUGAGGAAGGUUUAUGGGAUAUCAUCAGCUCUCCCACAGGAACGCUGACCUGUGUCUACAUGCCAGAUGGCCUGACAGCCCAGGUUCAUGUAAGAAGUCAGCAAACUGCUACUGACCUUCUCCUUGAGGUCUGCAAGACUAAACAGCUGGACCCAGACUUGCACCGACUGCGUCUGCACAGGCAAGCGGGACAAGAUACCGAGAUUCGAUCUGUGGCGCCUGAUGAGCUUGUUUGCGAUUUGGUUGGCCAGUUGGAGAUGGUCCCAGUUAAUAUGUUUACCUUGCAAAUGAACAGGACAAGCGGUAAUGGAGAUUUCGGAUUUGCUGUAACAGGACAGAUAGACAGUCAGAAAAAUAGUCGAAUAUUUGUUAGUGAGGUGCUUCCUGAUGGCCAAGGCUUCACCGAAGGUUUGCGACCAGGUGAUGAGGUUUUAAUGUUGAAUGGUCGCUAUGUAUCAGCUCUUGACCUGACACUGAUCCAGAUGCUGUUUUCUGAGCAAACUCUGAACAUGUGCCUGAGGCGGGAUGGACCCCCGCCUCAAAAUAGUCCCUCUGGCAAUUUACUUCCUCCUCCAGCGUUCAAAGUCAAAGCCAAGUCCUCCUCAGACUUGUGCACUGCAGCGGAGGGUAACGAGUCCAUGUGUGCCGGGCUGGAGAGUCACUCCCACUGCGCACACAGGCCUGUUCAGCUCAGCAAGAGUGUGGACACAGUGUGCAACCUCUACCAGUCCUUCCAGGAAGGCGAAGGUUCAGCCACUGGCGGCCCAAUGGAGGACUCCAAGGAGGCGCCGGUGAAGCAAGCAGGCGAUUUAAGUCCACGCUCCAGGGGUGACAGUGCUCUUCUUCGACCAUGCCCCAAGCAUAUGAGUAGCACUGAGCGGUUACGCAAGGUCAUCCAGGAGCUGGUGGACACAGAAAAGUCUUAUGUGAAGGACUUGGCUUGCCUGUUCGAGAUCUACCUGAAACCCCUACAGAAUGAAACAUUUCUUACUAUGGAUGAGAUGGAGAGUCUGUUCGGCAGUCUGCCAGAGAUGUUAGACUUCCAGAGGGUCUUCCUGCAGACGCUAGAAGAGAGGAUUGCUUCCUCCCCUGAUUUCAGCACGCUUGAGACACCCUCUCAGUUCAAGAAGCUUUUGUUUUCUCUCGGGGGUUCCUUCUUAUACUACGCUGACCACUUCAAACUCUACAGUGGCUUCUGUGCCAACCACAUCAAGGUCCAGAAGGUCCUGGAGAGAGCUAAAACUGAUCGAGCCUUCAAGGAAUUUUUAGAUGCAAGGAAUCCCACCAAGCAGCACUCCUCCACCCUGGAGUCCUAUCUGAUUAAACCAGUACAAAGAGUGCUCAAGUACCCCCUGCUGCUCAGGGAGCUGGUCUCCCUCACUGAUGCCAACAGCGAAGAGCACUGCCACCUCACGGAGGCACUCAGGGCCAUGGAGAAGGUGGCCAGCCACAUCAAUGAGAUGCAGAAAAUCUACGAGGAUUACGGAACAGUCUUUGAUCAACUCGUUACUGAGCAGGCCAGCCACGAUAGAGAGGUCACUGAAAUCUCUAUGGGAGAGUUUCUUCUGCAUUCCACUGCAGUCUGGCUAAACCCACAUCCAUCAUUGGGUCGCAUGAGAAAAGACCCAGAGAUGACCGUGUUUGUCUUCAAGAAAGCAGUCAUAUUGGUCUACAGGGAAAACAACAAGCUGAAGAAAAAGAUGACCAACCCUCGUUCGGCGCUUUCUCACGGCGAUCCAGACCCGUUCAAGUUCCGUUGGCUCAUCCCUCUGUCUGCACUCCAGGUCCGACUGGGAAAUACAGCUGGACCGGGCACAGAAAGCAGCUGCAUCUGGGAGCUGAUUCACUCCAGGUCUGAAGUGGAAGGCAGACCGCAGACAGUCUUCCAGCUGUGUAGCAGCGAGCCCGAGAGCAAGGUGAACGUCAUCAAGGUGAUCCGCUCCAUCCUCAGGGAGAACGCCAGGAGGAACACGAAAGGCGAGGCCACUUUGGAGCGUGGCUGUAAGGAACGCCUGGCAGCCAUGCGCACCGCUGCGCCCUCCGCCAAGAUGGGCUCCUGCAGGCCUUCCCGGUUGUGUCGGCAGCCCCUCGGAGACCCCCCCGUCCAGUCCUGGAAUCUCAAGUGCGGACCCGACUCAGACGAAGGCAGCCUGAGCAGCGGCACCCACAGUCUAUCCAGUGCUCCACCUGUCACAGAAAGCUCGACUCAAUCGCCGCCGGGAAGUUACUCCGUGAAGGAGUCAGACAUCCUCAGCGACGAGGACGACGACGGCUUUAGCGAGACCGGCGCCGCCAAGAGGGAAGGGCUCGACGCUCGCUUCUUCCAGUUAAAAAUUUGCGAGGAGCCCGUGCUGACUUACGAGCCUGCCGCCCGCGUUCAACCAGAGGGGGACGCCACCGAGGCCCCAGUCGGACUUGCGAGAGACCAACCGAGUGCGGCGAAGAGGAAAAGCGGGAGUCUGCGGAGAAGCCGGGGGGCGCUUGUGUGCAUGAAGGAGCAAAGCCGCUCAUUGGACACCCACAACGAUGCGUCAUCACCGCCGCCGGGCGUGUUGGACCUCAAUGCGCUUCUGGAGAGAGAGUUUAGCGUCCAAAGUCUGACCUCGGUGGUCAAUGAGGACUGUUUCUAUGACACGGCCCUGGAGAGACCCCCGAGAGCACGAGACUAUAACCCUAGUUAGCGCUUACACCCACUCAGGUGAAAAGUGUGAGGUAAGCUGAUUGCUUUACAGACCCCUGAGGCAGGAGUGGGGCCGAACAACCAACGAGUGCGUUUGAGCAUGUCUGCCAUGACAUUGGUAAUGUAGUGCAGGGAGCCAACCCCGUUGUCGUAAUUCGACAUUCAAGUACACAAUAAUGUUGCUUUGGUGCCAUCUGGUGAUAUGUAAAAGCAUUUAUUUUUUUAAGUUUAGCUCGUUAAUGACUCUCAAAAUCACUUUACUUAACUUUAUUUGGUGUACUAAGAACCUUGCGAAUUACACAAAUCUGAAAUGAUAAAAAAAAUAAAUACCAACUUCAAACCCAAAUGGCCAGCUGCGUAUUUCUAAAUUUUGUCUUUCAGACGCACCUUUGCCAGGCACUCGACCAUCAUAACACCUAUAUGUUGAAUUUAACCCAUUCAGGGACAGUGGUCACAGCAGUGGACAUUCUAUUCAAAAGUUCAAAUCAUUAUCUUAACCCAUUCACUGCCAGCCAGGUCACAGAGUAUGUGUUGUGGUAGUUAGUAAAAGAGGGAAAUUAAUAUUGACAACACCCAAUGCUUCCAAUUAAAAUAGAUUUGAUGUCUAUUGCUUUCAGUGGCAGCCAAAAAGUUGAACACAAGCUAUGUGAAGUCAUGAAAUUUAUAAACAAAAAUAUAUAUAUAUUCCCAUAGCAAAAUACACAUGGGUCACUGAUUUGAUUUUUUUUUUUUUUAAUUAGAAUUUGUUUUUAUUUUUUGAAUUUUAUUUGUAUUUUUUAUUUAAAAAAAUGUUUUUUUUUUUUUUUUUAACUUAUUACUGUUUAAAUUUUUUUUUUUUUUUUUUCUAAAAAUGCUUAGAUUAAUUCAUUUAUUUAAAUUAUAUAAUUGUUAUUCCCCAAUGCAAAACACAUGCGGGCAUCACUAAUACUACAUUUGGAUGGCAAACGGCAGUCCCAAAAUAUUGUCCCAUAGGCUGCAAUUGGCCUCUGGGCCAGAUGUUUCAGACCACUGUCCUAUAUAAAUAUAAUUUUUUUAAAAAGUUAUGGGGGAAAAAAAAUCAUAAUUUGUGCAUCUAAGGGUUAAAAUCAGUAUUGGUGACGAUCAAUAUUUGACUGUAUGAUCCCACCAUUUUUUUUCCUCCAGGGUACAAGCCCUGCUGCAAAUAACAAUUUUGAGUUACUGGUUUGCAAUUGCCUGCCUGGAAAAGCCACAACAUCCGUUAUAAAUAGUAAUUGCCAUAUCCAAAAAUUAUUCUCCUCACUUCAACACAGUUUUCCUUGGCAACACGAAGCCACAAAAUGGCACCAAAGCACAAAAUAAAUAAAUAAAUAAACAAAUAAAAAUAACGUCACAGCAGUUUUGGAAACCAAUUCAAAAGGAAAGAAAAAUAUUUUUUCAGUAGAUUUAACAAACAAAUCAAUUUAAAGAGAAACAAAUUGUUUGCUCUAGGGGUCCACAUACACUAACAGGGUGGUCAGAUGCAGCCCUCAAUUGUGCCUUGACUUUGACAUCCUUGGUUAGAAACUUUUUUUGAAACUUGUGUCCGGGACCAUUCAAAUAGGCUUUGGCAAAAUGUAGACACAAUUUUGUGUCUUUUUCAUUAUGGGCGAGCCCUGAUCAAACCUUACAGGAACUGAAAUUUCCCACAAAUGCUCAUAAAUGUAGAAUAAUACACCAUCGACCUUGAAAAUAUUUGGGACAUGUGGCCUAAAUUACAGUAGAUUUUAGAUCUUAAGGGCUGCAAUUUCUCAUCAGUUCUUUGCUGAUUGGCAAGUUAUCUUGUCAAACUUUGAGUCUUGAGCAUUACUAUCCAUUAGUCCUAAGAGUUGAGGGAGGACAGGACAGGGGAGACACAGCAACAGUAAUAAACCGCAUCCUUUGUUGAGUGGCUUGUUUUUGUUUGUUCUCAACACUAUGCAUCAACAGAGCUAAUAAGCAAACGCUGGCAACAGCAGUGAACAUGUGGCGUCCAAGGGCAACUUGGGGCAAUGAUAUGCUUCCACGGUAAUCAACAAUAUGACCCCACCAGAUGUGAACAACCACACAUGCAAAAAUAGGCCAAACUCUUCAUGUGUGACUUGGUUUUCUUUAACAAAGACUGACUGAAUUUAUUUUGCACGAAAUUGGCGAUUUAAAAGAAAUUGGAGUUGGGGACAUGUAAAAAAUGACACUUUUUUGUCACCUUUAAAAAUAGCUGACGGAGACACAUUUAAAAGGAGACUGGAUGACAGGAAACGAUAAAAGUAGAUUUAAAAAGAAGGAAAUGUUGGAGCUUUGAUAUAUUUGGGACACACACACACACAGUGCCCCAACUCAUGGUCACGUCGACUGAAAGCAAAAGAUCCGAAGACCUGCUGCAGUCAAUUUUUUUUUUCCCUUUUGGUCUUCUAUAUUUUAUGCACUAAAGUACACUGUCUGCCUAUAUGAUUGAACUUUUUUUUCUGUACAGGUUUUAAUUUUAUUAUUGCAGGUUCUAUUUAUUAUUUUAAUGUAGAUUGAGUUUGUAUAAAGUCUGUUUGGGUUUACGAUUUCAAGCGUUUAUAAUUGAAUUCACUUGCAAAUAAAAGAAAAUUAAAAAAGAAAGGCAGGUUUCUCAUAUUCUGCAUAGCCUUUGGGAUUGAUUGCUUUUGUGUGCGGAGGAAGUAUUGUUUAAAAGAAGGCUGCUUAAAGGAUUCUGGAUAGCAAUAAUUUUUGAAAACGUCAUUUGUUUGUCUUUUGUACAUGCUAUUUUCUAUUUUCUUUUUCUACUUGAAACUGUACAUCUUAGAUACGAGGCAGGAAUACAUUGGCAACCAAGUGCUAUUGUUUUUGUAAAGCAACAUGGAGUUGAGAUCCUAUUCUAGAGCAAACCACUAAAGACAGUCCAUUCUUACUAUGCCUUCGAUGCUAGCAUACCAAUGAAUGUGAAUUCCUCCUCCUGAUGGAAUUGUUUUUGAAAUAAAACUUUUAUCUGUGAAUGCUGCCUGGAGAACAGUGCUGUCUUUGCUUCCAAGUGGGUGUGUAUACUACAUUAACUACAUUGACAGGUGAAGCAAUUCUGAGAAAAUCGCUUUC